AUGGGGACAGAGAACGACCUUGACGUCGAGGGCCAGACGGAACCUCCUAUACGUGGCCUAAAGAGUUCCAAAAACACUUCCGCUUCGGCGUCAUCCCCCACCCUCGCCGGCACCGUCCGUACUGCCGGCACCGUCUCCGCUGAUAGCACCCCGACUCUCCCGGGCUUCACCCCCGAGUCGGCUCAUACCCUCACCGUCCCCGAUGUCACCUCUCUCCUCGAGACCGACAGCCAAAAUGGACUCGACAAUACCGAGGCUGCCCGUCGCCUGCAGCAGUAUGGCCCUAACAAGGUUGAGGGUGCUAAGGGGCUAUCCCUGUGGACGAUUCUCCUAAGACAGGUGUCCAAUAGUUUGACACUUGUCCUCGUCAUCACCAUGAUCCUCUCCUUUGCCAUCGACGACCACAUCGAGGGCGGCGUCAUUGCCGCCGUCAUUUUGCUGAACAUCGUCGUUGGCUUUGUCCAGGAUUACCGUGCCGAGCAGACCAUUCAGGCUCUAUAUGCCUUGUCUGCGCCCACGUGCAAGGUUGUCCGGUCCGGCCAGACCGAGUCUAUCAAGGCCGAGCUUUUGGUUCCCGGUGACCUUGUCCGCCUCGGCGUUGGAGAUGUCGUCCCGGCAGAUCUGCGCCUCGUAAGCAGCAUCAACUUGUCCACCGAUGAGGCACUGCUGACGGGCGAAUCUCUCCCCGUCAGCAAGCAUGCCGAGCUCAUCCUCAAGGACCGUGAUGUUCCUCUUGGUGACCGCACCAACAUGGUGUACUCGGCCAGCACUGUCACCCGCGGCCGCGCCAUGGGUCUUGUUACUGCCACGGCCAUGAACACAGAGGUCGGCAAGAUUGCCGAGCUCCUUCGGACCACCAGGGGCAAGACUGUCGAUGAGGACAGCAGCAUGGUCAAGAAGAUCUGGACGAAAUUCCGGAACGGCUUGCGUGUUAUCCUCGGCCUCGACGGCACCCCUCUCCAGGUCACGCUGAGCAAGUUUGCUCUUCUCCUUUUCGGUCUCGCCAUCAUGCUGGCCAUCAUUGUCUUCUCUGUCAGCAAGUUCAACAUCGACGAUGAGGUCCUCAUCUACGGAAUCUGCGUGGCUGUUGCCGUCAUUCCCGAAUCUCUCAUUGCUGUGCUCACCAUUGCCACGGCCCUCGGCACCCGUGCCAUGGCCAAGGGCAAUGUAGUGAUUCGCAAGCUCGCCGCCCUCGAGGCCGUGGGCGGAGUGACCAACGUGUGCUCGGACAAGACGGGCACACUGACGCAGGGCAAGAUGGUGGCCAAGAGCGUCUGGCUGGCUGACGGCACCGAGAUCACCAUUCAAAACACCAACCACCCCUUUGACCCCACGAGCGGAGACGUCCGCGUGGGUGACGUUGACUGGGUCCUCUCCGAGAAGGAGAGGAAGACGCCCGCUCAGCUUACCUCAUUCCUCGAGACAGUCGCCCUGUGCAACAACUCGGCCGUCACCAAGGCUGACGCCGCUGGCCCCUACACGGCCAUCGGUGAGCCCACCGAGAUCGCGCUGCAGGUUCUUGCCAUGAGAUUCGACUCUGGCAAGCCUCAGCUCACGGCGGGGGGCAGCCACGGAUUGUUGGCCGAGUACCCCUUCGACUCGUCGUGCAAGAGAAUGACGGUCGUCUGCCGCGCCGACGGCUCAGACGACGCAGACAGCGCCUCUGCAUACGCUUACACCAAGGGUGCCAUCGAGGCUAUCCUGCCUCUGAUGAACGCCUCGGACGCGCUCAAGGCCGAGAUUGUCACCAGAGCCGAGGCUUUGGCAGCACUAGGUCUCCGUGUUCUCUGCGUCGCUCGGAAACCCGUCGACGCCUCGCUUUUCUCUGUCGGGCCCAAAGAGGGCUCGGAACAGAGCAACAACGGUCUCCCCGAGAGAAACACGGUCGAGUGCGACCUCGUCUUCUUGGGUCUGGCUGGUCUCUAUGAUCCUCCUCGUGUCGAGUCGGCUGCCGCGGUGGCCAAGUGCAAAGAAGCAGGCAUCACGGUCCACAUGCUUACUGGCGACCACGUCAAGACCGCCACCGCCAUCGCCUACGAGAUCGGCAUCUUGUCUCGGGACCCUUCUGCGGCGGCUUCAUCUCCCAACAGCAUCAUGGUUGCCAGCGCAUUUGACGCCCUGACCGAAGCCGAAAUCGACGCCAUGCCUUCUUUGCCCCUGGUCCUUGCCAGAUGCAGUCCUACCACCAAGGUCAGGAUGGUGGAAGCCAUGCAUCGUCGCAAGGCCUUUUGUGUCAUGACCGGUGAUGGUGUCAACGACUCCCCCGCCCUCAAGAUCAGUGAUGUUGGCAUUGCCAUGGGUCUGAACGGCAGUGACGUGGCCAAGGAAGCGGCCGACAUGGUUCUCACGGACGAUAACUUUGCCAGUAUCGUCACUGCCGUGGAGGAAGGCCGUCGUCUUUUUGACAAUAUUCAAAAGUUCCUCCUCCAUCUACUCAUUUCCAACAUCGCCCAGGUCAUCCUACUUCUCAUCGGUCUCGCCUUCAAAGACAACAAGGGCGUCUCUGUCUUCCCCUUGUCGCCGCUGGAAAUCCUCUGGGCCAACCUCGUCACGUCUUCCUUCUUGGCCCUCGGCCUCGGCCUGGAAGAUGCCCAGCCGGAUGUCAUGCAGCGCCCGCCCCACGACCUGGCCGUCGGCAUCUUCACCAAGGAGCUCAUCAUUGACAAAUUCGUCUACGGCACCGCCAUGGGCGGGCUCUGUCUCGCAGCCUUCACCUCGGUGGCCUACGGCGUCUCUGGCCCCGACGGUCUGGGCGAGCUGUGCAACUCGGACUACUCGCCCGCUUGCGACCUUGCCUUUAGAGCCAGAGCCACCACCUUUGCCACCUUGACGUUCCUGCUGCUGGUCACUGCUUGGGAGUCGAAGCACUUCACCCGAUCGCUCUUCAACAUGCACCCAGAAAAGUAUUCCGGUCCGUUGUCGGUGUUCAAGACCAUCUGGCAGAACAAGUUCCUGUUCGGAGCCGUGUCCGCUGGCUUCGUCAUUUGCUUCCCGCUCGUCUACCUCCCCGUCGUGAACCGGACCGUGUUCAAGCAUGAGGCCAUCACUUGGGAGUGGGGCAUCGUGGCUGCUUGUGUGGCGGCCUACAUCUUGAUUGUUGAGGCGUGGAAGGCUGGAAAGAGGAGGAGAUUGGCGGGGGUGCGGAACAAGAAGGCCGUGGUUGGGGUUGAGGCUGCCUGAGGCGACUUAUCGUUGGUUGGGGGUAUGUGGCUGCUGAUGCUGUAUACCUAUGCACGUUGAAUGAUGUUGGGUAGCACGGGAUGAUUUACGAAAUGUUGGUUGGAUGACGAUCAUGACGGAAAAAUAUCACGAGGCCUCUCCCGGUAACCAGUCCGGAGAUAUGUAUCUGAGUGUGUUUGUGGCUUUUCGGCUGUGUUUGGGAUCACCUCUUGUUGAGUUUGCAGCCAGAGGCUUGAAUGAGGUGUGGCGAUAGUUUUUGUCUACUUUUUUUUCCAUUUUUUUUCUUCAGAAUCUGGUCUUUUUACAUAGCCAUGACCGCCUAACUCGGACACACUCUUUGCCUGACGCAUUGUCAGAGCGUACUUGCGUCUUGUCU